CUCCCAAAAAGGGGCCGAGCUUGUUUGAAGUCUCGUUUAGGAUUGGGUGAUUGUAGUCCAACCUUAGACUGCUAGUCUUAUGUUUUUCCGUUCUGAUCGAUGAAAGAUGGAGGAGUAUGCCAGAGAGCCAUGCCCCUGGAGGAUUGUAGAUGAUUGUGGAGGAGCAUUCACCAUGGGUGCAAUUGGUGGUGGAAUAUUUCAGUCAGUUAAGGGCUUUCGCAAUGCACCUAUUGGAUUUCGUCAUAGGCUGCGAGGAAGUGCAAAUGCAGUUAGGAUCCGGGCACCUCAAAUUGGUGGUAGUUUUGCUGUUUGGGGUGGUCUGUUUUCCACUAUAGAUUGUGGUUUAGUGAAGCUUCGCAGAAAAGAAGACCCUUGGAACUCCAUUACCAGUGGAGCAAUGACAGGAGCAGUGCUAGCAGCACGGAGUGGGCCUUUAGCUAUGGUGGGCUCAGCAAUGAUGGGAGGGAUACUCCUAGCACUGAUAGAGGGAGUUGGCAUCCUCCUGACCAGAUACACUGCACAGCAAUUUCAAAAUCAAAUAAUACUUGGAGAGGACUCAGGCCCAUUUCCUCCAAAGGAUUCAUCUCCGCAGAAGGGCUACCCUGGAUAUGGACAGUACCAGUAGACUAGCACAGUUCCAGCCUUGAACAUUAUCUACACACCAUGAUGGGUUGUGCUCCUGGCAAUGGGGCUGAAUAAGCUACAGCAGAUUGUGCAUUUUCCAGUUUUCUUUAAACAGUACAGGCUUGACUCAGUGUGAUCCAUGACAUGAAGCUGUAACUAGAUAGAUUUAAGCUGCAGCCAUUUGAAGCCAGCAUUCCUGACACAGGAAAACAUUUUUUUCCUUCCCUGUGGAUUUUUUUAUACUUCUGGAUGGAUACUUUAUUUUUACAUUUUAGUGCAUUACAAGAAAAAUGAUCCCUUAAGGUUUUCACCAAGACUAACUUUCAGUUAGCUGUUCCUCCAGUUCAUGUCUCUGUUUUACCUGGCAAAUAAAAAGCUGCCACCAGCACAGAACAACAGCAUUUUAUGCUGUUACAGCAACUUGACAAUUAUUGCCUAUAUGUUGUGCUUAGAAAGGAGAUGACAGCUGUCGAGCAGAUUAAAACUAAAUGAAACAUGAAUUCUAAUUUUGAACCUCUUAGGCUGACAAGUGGACUCUCAUUUGUUGUCAUAAAGAAAUUCCUGCUUGGUAAAGGUGAAAGCCUGCUUUCUUUCCAGGACUGGCCAUUAUGACCCAGACAGGCUUUGUGAGUUUUAAAUGUAUUAACAGAAUGUGACAGGGGAAUUUGGUCAGUUGCAUAAUGCUAUGCUGCACAACUAGCCUUCCCAACGAGGAUGGUACUACACCGUUUUAAUAAAAAGACCACUGUAUGUUUAGUGUUCUAAUUAAAGACCUUAGUGGCUUGUGGAACUACUAUAUCUCCCUCAGUGUUGGGUGUUUCAGCUUCAUUAGUGUUUUAGCAAAGUGACUGGAGGGAAAGGGAGCCAAUUGCUCGGCUCUCAUUUAAGGGCAAUUUUUACUCAAGACUAAACUAAAUAAGACAUGCCUGUCAUGCAGAAAUAACAUGGCACUUGGUGGAAUAUAAAAAAAGUUUCCUUUUGGCUUUCAGAUGCUCCACUUUUGCUAUUGAAUUGGAUGAUAAAAAUCUCUGGAGUUGUGUUUCUCAUUUCCAUUUUUUUCCACCCUUCUUUGCAAGUGCUGCCCUACCAGUGACCUCAGUGUUUAUGUAGGAUCUGGAGAUCUCGAGGGCCAGUCUGAGGCUCGGUUGGGUUUAUAGCCCCAGUUUCAAUUUCUGUUUCCUCUUAUACAAGUCUGUCCACACAGAGCCAAGGGAAGACAAGUACAUUUUGUUCCAAAAAUGACAGUGUCGGCUUGUUAAACAUCAGUCAGUUAUCCACUGUGACUUGUAAGCUGAUGAACAGGGUGCACAGAUUGCUCUGUGUGUGAUUACAGGCUUAUUCUUCAGACAGAACAAUUAUACUGUGCUUGCUUGCUUAUUUUAAUCUUAGUUCCUUGUAAAAAAAAAAAAAAAUUACCAGAGCGACCAACUCCUGGAUAGCUUUAGUGUUGUCAGAGUGGUCAUCAUGCGUAAAUGCAAGUAUUUAUUUCAUGUACUAUGCAUUGUCUCUUUCUUUGAAUAGCAAAAAAUUAAUAAAAAGCCAUACGCACACUUGUAUAUUUAGGAUUAUGAAGACUCUCAUUCUAAUUAAAAUGUGCACCAAAUGAAGUUUAGAUUAUUGCACACCUCUCUGAAGAUGUUUCCUGUUUGUGGCAUUAUUAGUUUAAUAUUUAUAUGGUUUGGCAGCAAUCAUUACAUGGGUCUUCAGCUAGACAUGAAAUGGAUGUGUUUUUAUUUUUUAUUGAAAUGAUCACUGUGAUUUGAAAAGAUUUUUUUUUUAUUAUUGCUUAUAAACAAGGUAAUAGCUGGUCUUGCCUGAAUCGCAUGUAAUGGCUGGUGUAGUGCAGUGCAGUGCCUGACAUUCAUAAUUCAAAUUCUGGACACAUGUUGAUUAGGAACAUUGCACCAAUUUUUGAGGAUUAGUUUAUUUUGGGGGUCUUGGAUGUCUACUUUUUAUCCUUGUAGCCUCCUGAGUAAGCAAGCUGGAAAAAUGCAGCCUCGAACUCCUAUGAGUCUGUUACUCAGUGGGAAGACAAACGACAAUUCCAAAGGUAAUGGCAGGGAAGUAAAUGGCAAUCGUUCCCUAUUCAUCUUUAUAAUGUGCACCCCCCGUAUUAGCAUAAUUGAAAGUGCAAUAAAUCUCUUUUGCAAGUUAAACUAAUUGUGUUAUUUUAAAUAUGUAUGUUUCGUCAUUUAAAGUAUAUAUUUAUAACCCUUUAAAUAAAAACGUAAAUGAUGUUUGGAUGUG